GAUGCUUUUAUCUACAUCUAAGUUGACAUCUUCAAAGUUAGGAAAGUCACUAUUAUAGAGUCCUUAAAGAUCUACUGUUAACUAUCUUUAACAAGAUCUCGAUUCUCCAUCUAGACAAAGAAUUAAGUUAUUAUCUGAUAAAUGGAAUCAUAUCCAAAAUGGAAUAGAUAAGGAUAAAUUAGAAAAGAGAGAAGUUCUUGAAGAAAGAAUUAAAAUAAUAGAAGAUGUUCUUUCAUCAGAGAAACCCAAAGACGAAUAAAGAUUUAAAGUCCUUAAGGAUCAAGUAUUAAAACUUCAAGAUUAAGCUCACAAUGAAAAAUCAGAAAGAGAAGUAUAUAUUUUAAUUUAAUCAGGCUUUUGAUGACAAAAAAGAAAAAGAUUUUAGAACUCUUUCUGAUAAUGUUGCUCUAUCUUUUGAUCAAGAAAGAAAUAGCAGAGGGCAAGCUGAAACAAAACUAUAAAAACAAAUAGACGAAAGAUUCUAAUAAAUUACACUUACAAUUACAAGAAAUACACAUUAAUAUGAAGAUAGAAGUUAAGUUAAAAUUGCAGAGGUAUUGCAAUAAGUUCAAUUAGUAAAAAACUAAUUAGAUUAAGAAAGGAGAUCAAGGUAUUUUUUUUAUUAUUUCUUAUAGAGAAGAAUCAUCAGAAUCUUUAUCUGAAUAAAUCGAUUCAGAAAUUAAUAAAUUUUCAGAUUAAUUGCUAAUUGAAAAGAAAGUAAGAGAAGAAACUUAAGGGAAAAUCUUUAGAAUGAUAGAGGAUGUUCAUGGAAAAUUAUAAUAAGAUAUAAAUCUAGAAAGAAGAGAAAGAGAAGCUACAACUGAAGCUUUAUUAAAAUUAUUAGAGGAUGCAUGCAUUAAAAUAGAUAAAAAUUUUAGAUCCUAUUGAGUU